AUGGCCGACUCGCUCAAACUCAGCGUGACGCUGUUGGGUGCAGGACAAGAAGUCGGACGCUCAUGCUGCGUUUUGCAAUAUCGAGGAAAGACCAUUGUUUGUGAUGCAGGCGUUCAUCCGGCGUACAGCGGCAUGGCAUCGCUGCCCUUCGUCGACGAGCUCGAUUGGAGUACCGUUGAUGCUCUUCUCAUAACACAUUUUCACUUGGAUCACGCCGCGGCGCUCACAUAUAUCACGGAAAAGACUAAUUUUAGGGAUGGUAAAGGAAAGGUGUACAUGACCCAUCCUACCAAAGCCGUGCACAAGUUCAUGAUGCAGGACUUUGUGCGAAUGAGUUCAUCCUCAUCCGAUGCCCUGUUCUCGCCGCUCGACAUGCAAAUGUCCCUCUCGUCCAUCAUCCCUAUCUCUGCCCACCAACUGAUCACUCCGUGCCCUGGAGUCUCGUUCACCCCUUACCACGCCGGCCACGUUCUGGGAGCCUGUAUGUAUUUGAUUGACAUCGCUGGACUCCGCAUUCUCUACACAGGCGACUACUCUCGCGAAGAGGACCGCCACUUGGUAAAAGCCGAAAUACCGCCCGUGCGACCCGACGUUCUCAUCGUGGAAAGUACAUACGGUGUGCAGAGCUUGGAGCCGAGGGACGAAAAGGAGCUGCGUUUCACGAGCUUAGUACAUUCGAUUAUCCGAAGAGGAGGCCAUGUCUUAUUGCCCGCAUUCGCGCUUGGUAGAGCUCAAGAACUGCUGCUUAUUCUCGACGAGUACUGGAAAAAGCACCCCGAACUCCACAAUGUUCCCAUCUACUACGCUUCCAGCCUUGCGCGGAAAUGUAUGGCGGUCUAUCAAACAUAUAUCCACACUAUGAACUCAAACAUCCGGACGCGCUUCGCUAAGCGAGACAACCCCUUCGUUUUCAAACAUAUCUCGAAUGUCCCUCAGAGCCGCGGCUGGGAAAAGAAGAUCGCCGAAGGCCCUCCAUGCGUCGUCCUCGCCAGUCCCGGAUUUAUGCAAACCGGUUCAAGCCGUGAACUGUUCGAGCUCUGGGCACCGGAUUGGAGGAAUGGCCUGAUCAUCACCGGUUACUCCAUCGAAGGAACUCCAGCGAGGGACAUUCUGACGGAACCGGAAGAGUUCACCACUUUGAAGGGACAUACUAUCCCGAGGAAGAUCUCGGUCGACUAUAUCUCGUUCAGCGCCCACGUCGACUUUUCCCAAAAUUCCGAAUUCAUAGAGCUAAUCAAGGCUCAACAUGUCGUCCUUGUCCACGGCGAACAAAACAACAUGGGUCGCCUCCGAGCAGCAAUGACAGCUAGGUACAAAGAUCGCGACGAAGACGUCAAAAUACAUACCCCACGUAACCUUGAGACACUAGAACUCUCCUUCCGUGGCGAGAGGGUGGCGAAGGCCAUCGGUACAUUGGCCGACAAAACGCCCAGCUCGGGGGACACUAUCUCCGGUUUGUUGGUCGCAAAGGACUAUUCCUACACGCUUCUCGACCCGCGCGACCUCAAAGACUUCGCGGGUCUCUCGACGUGCAGUGUCAUUCAGAAGCAGAAGAUCGCGCUGGGUGUUGGUUGGGAGCUUGUCAAAUGGCAUCUCGAGGGGAUGUACGGGAGUGUUGAAGAAGGGUCGGACAAGCAGGGCGUGCCUACGCUGCGUGUUAUGGGCGUUGUGGAUGUGAAGCACACCCAGGAGCAUGAACUCACGAUCGAGUGGGACUCAAGUGCAAGCAACGAUAUGAUCGCAGAUUCAACACUGACUCUCAUAACCGGAAUUGACAGGAGCCCUGCCUCCGUAAAAUUAACCACCCAACCGCAUUCACACUCAAAACACGAUCACGAACACCCGCACGCGGACGUUCACCAUGAAUCCUCCGAUGUAAUACGUAUUCAACGACUGGCCAUGUUCCUCGAGGCGCACUUCGGCGAAGUGGAACUCCACAUGCCGGAUCCCUCUGAAGAGGAAGCGGACGCAGAACAAGAAGGCGGGGGCGAACCUUCGCUCCUGGUAAACCUAGACGAAGCUGAUGCUCAAAUCAACCUUGUUACAUUGGAGGUUACUAGUCCUAACGAGGGGUUGCGCAAACGCGUGGAAGCGGUCCUUGAUAUGGCGUUGACUACGGUAAGCUCUCUAGCUGAGAGCUUUGCUCCAAGGACUACCAAUCUGUCCAACGAUACGGAUAUUGUUGAUGAGAAGAAGAACAAUAUCGCAGUGGACGAUGUCGCAGUGAACGGAAAACACGAUGAUGAAGCGAACGGGGCGGAGGCGAAGGAUGUUAAGGCCAAGGCUGAGGACGAUACUAAUUAG